GGUUCCCGGCCGGCCGGGGCGGGGCUUGGGGUUGAGGGUUAGGCCUAGACUGGAGGGCUUGGCCGGGAUGGGGGUGCGGGAGCCCCGGGAGGCCGCCCUCCGGAGUGUGGGGGAGGGUGAGUGUGCCGUCGGGGGUGCAGCUUGGGGUGGCUUUGUGGGAGGAACAGGGACUCUGGUGACCGGUGAUUGACGUGCCUUUGAGUUGGCAAGUGGUAAGGCCUUUGUGGGGGAGUCUGUUCGGGGUUGGGGGGGCGUUCGAGGGCUCCGGACUGGUGGACCGAGGAUUUCAUUGACUGGAAGGACUGUCGGUUCGUGACAGUGUUGGAGUUCACCUGAGCCCUGGGCUCGCGGGCGGCAGGAAGGUUGAGAAAUGUCUCCCCCCUCGUGUGUUCCCGGGAAGAGCCCCCUUCAGAGAACCCCCUCGCCUGGAUGACCCCGUAACACGUGCCCCCUUGUUGGCCUGUGACAAGGCCAGAUACCAGUCCUCCCGAUCUCAUGCUGUGGCUCAUCGGCGGCUGGCUGGACUGUCGUUCCCGCCGAUCAAUCAGGACAAAACGCGUGGGUUUGACAAGGGCCCUGGAGGGGCGGUGAAGGGUGGCCUGUUGAGGGUGUGAAUAAGCAGACAGUGGGGGUGGGAAUUGGACGUACCAGCCUGUCGGUGUUCGUGCAGAGCCCUUUCGGGUGAUGGUUAGGAGGGUGUAGGGGUGUCAGUGGUGGGUGAGCAUGGGGUAGAUUAGAAAACGAGGUAUCACGGAAGUGAAUGGUUAGGGCCCCUGUUAUGAUUACAGAUUGGGCAUCCCUUGAGUGUGGUGAUGGGGGCUAGCAAGCCUGAAGGGGCACUUUUAGGGUCAGUGGAUGGGUAACUGUAGGAAGGAGUUGGGAUUCUGUGGGGGUUCUUUGGGACUCCGAGAUUAGGAUUUCACUGACUCCACUUCUAGUCAACGAAUAGAAUAGACUCUGUCAAGAUUAUUGGGUGGGAGUGUGGGGGAUCCAGUCAUGGGUUUCAUGGCGUCAGUGUUGAGAAGCCUGUGGGAGUCAGUGAUGAGGGGCUGACCAUGGCUGGUGCUUGGGGCUGAGUGAGGAAGAGCCUGGAAUGAUCAGGAAUCGAGGUCCUGUGGAUAUCUGAUGGGGCGGGGCUGUGGAAAGACUUUGGAUUUCAUUGAUGGAUGCACUUCUGUGUCACUUGGGGGUUGAUGAUAGGGGCUUUGCUGGAGGAGUCACUGGGGAUGUGUAUGUGUAACUGAAGGUUCUGGAGGGACAGCCUGUAAAGUCAGCAGUCAGGGUCCUGGUGGGAUGAGGGGCAAGUGGGGGGAGGAUAGUGGGGUUGUGGCGCUCGGUGGCUGUGUGGUCUGGAGACUUGUGAGGGCUCUGUUGUGGUCAGUGAAUGAGGGGCUGGAGAAUUCUUGGGUGGUCAGUGUGGGUAAGUGGGAGUCUCUGAGUGCUGAAGUUCCGUCCAUGGGCUGGGAUGGCAGGGGGCUUCAGUCAUUCGGCGGUGGGGGGGGGGGCUUGUGUGUGAUUGAGGCCAUCUUUGGUGAUAGGACCUGUGUGAGUUGUGUUUGUGGGUCUGGGUGGGUCCCAAUGACUGUUGGUCACGCACUGGCUCAGGCAAAACUCUUACAUAGUGACUUCUGUUGAAUGACAUAUUCUUUUUUGCUCUUUGGUUCUUCUCACCCAGCACAUCAUGUUGUUGGUUUGUGAUGGCUCCUUUUACUGGAACAUUUCCUUGUUUAAAAGUUCUCAGUGACCCCGUUGGCCAAGGUCCUCCCCCUUGCUGGCUCAGUCCCGGCGCCCUCCUCCAUCCUUGAAGCACCUUCAGCUCUGUCUAGCUCCAGCCCUCUGAGCGCAGUGCUCCGUGGUGGGCGUGGUCUUCCCACGGCCUUCUGCUUCCUGCUCGCUGUCUGCAGCAGGUGUGGGCUUUGCUGUUGAGCCACCUAGGGUUCCCGAGCAUGUGGUGUUGAGGGCAGCCUUGUCUCAUCUGUUUCCAGCCCUCGGCUCAACUUGGGGUGGGUUGUAAGUGCCUCGAGGGGGUGGUGUUCUGGCCCUGCUCUUGUUAGCUGCCCUGGGGCAGAACCUGGCAGUUGGCUAACAUCCAGGCAUAAUUUUCUCUCUUCAUUUGCGGCUGACUUUUCUCUGUAUCCACUGGGACAUUGGAGACCCCCUCCCCUGUGCUUGAAUGGAACAGUGUCUUUACACAGAGAGCUCUUGCUAUCCGUCUUCUACAGGUACCAUACCCUCUCUUUCAGCUUAUUUUCUGGAAAGGUGCCCACUGACCUGUCCACCAUGUUCGGUCUUCCUCAAUAGCCUGUCAGCCUGUGUGCAGAGUGCUCAGCAGCCCAUCCUGGACCCCAGGUGCAGACCACCGGUGCUGGACAAAUCUCCAUCAGCAAGAUUGCUGUGAGAGGUGAAUUUGUCCCUCUCGUCCCCAAAUUGACUGAGCACUGUGAUUUUUGAACAUUUCUUUUCAGGUAUGUUCUUAGGAAGGAAAUAACAUCUCUGUGCGAUGUCAUGCCUGUGAAGUCCCUGGCUCCCAUCUCCUCUGUGGUUGAGUGUAAGGGACCUGGUCCAUGAGCAGUGACAGAAUUCAGGGUGCCAUAACUGAGGAACAAGAAAACUCAUUUGAGAUAAGAAAGAAGAAGCCUCGGGACUAGGGGUGCCCUCUCGGUUUACAGACAUUUGACCAGAGGCCUAUCUCCAGAGCAUCAGGACAGAGAGGAGCCAUAGAACAGAGCUGAUUUUCCAAGCCGCAGAAAAUGAUCAAGUCACAGAUCUCGUUUGAGGAUGUGGCUGUGGACUUCACGUCGGAGGAGUGGCAGCUGCUUAAUCCUACUCAAAAGAGCUUGUACAGAGAUGUGAUGUUGGAGAACUAUAGCAACCUCGUUUUCUUGGGUUAUCAGAUUAUCAAACCUGAUGCGAUUUUCAAGCUGGAGCAAGAAGAGCCAUGGAUAAUAGAUGAGCAAGUUCUAAGUCAGAGCUUUUCAGAAGUCUGGCUAGAUAACUGUCUCAAAAUGUGGCACCAGGAUAAUCAAGACAAGCUUAGAAGUAUGGAGAGAGGCCAUGAAUAUGAUGUUUUUAGGAAAAUAUUUCAUUCAAGCAUUAACUUUGUUCAUUUAGGAGUGAGACCCCAUAAAUGUGGCACAGGUGAAAAAAGUUUGAAACAUCCUUUUGAGUUUCUUAUUCCAAAAGAUAACCGUGGAAGAAAGAAACUUGAUGAGCUCAAUAAGAAAUAUUUAUUGUAUAUCAAAACUGAUAGAACCCAUGGUGGAAUGCCAUACUGUGAUUGCAGUAAAUGUAGGAAAGAUAGCAGGACAGGGUCAUGGCCCAUUGCAAAGCAUAGAACGUACAAAGGAGUCCAUUUAUGCAUGGAGUGCGGCAACGUUUUCAGUAAGAAAUCACAGCUCAUCAUACACCAGCGGACGCACACAGGAGAGAAGCCCUAUGGAUGCAGCGAAUGUGGGAAAGCCUUCUCCCAGAAGUCACUGCUCACUAUUCAUCAAAGGACUCAUUCAGGGGAAAAACCAUAUGGGUGUGGUGAAUGUCAAAAAGCUUUCAGUAGGAAGUCCUUGCUCAUUUUACACCAGCGGACGCACACGGGAGAGAAGCCCUACGGAUGCAGCGAAUGCGGGAAAGCCUUCAGCAGGAAGUCGCAGCUUAAGAGGCAUCAGAGAACCCACACAGUAGAGAAGCCCUUUGGCUGCAGUGACUGUGGGAAAGCCUUCUCCCAGAAGUUAAAGCUCAUUACUCAUCAGAGAACUCACACAGGGGAGAAGCCCUAUAAGUGCAGUGAUUGUGGGAAAGCCUUCUUCUGGAAGUCACAGCUGAUUACUCAUCAGAGGACUCACACAGGGAAGAAACCAUAUGCAUGUAACCAGUGCACAAAAGCCUUCAGCAGGAACUCGCUGCUCAUCAGGCAUCAGAGAAUCCACACAGGGGAGAAGCCCUAUGAGUGCAGCGAGUGCGGGGAAGCCUUCAUCAGAAAACCACAGCUUAUCAAGCACCAAAUAACUCACACGGGAGAGAAGAACUAUCAGUGCAGGGAUUGUGAAGAAGCAUUCUUUAAGAAGUCAGAGCUAAUCAGACAUCAGAAGACUCACUUAGGGGAGAAACCCUAUGCAUGUGUUGAAUGUGGAAAAACCUUCUUUGGGAAGUCACAGCUCCUAACACAUCAGAGAACUCACACUGGAGAGAAACCAUAUGAAUGCAGCGAGUGUGGGAAGGCGUUCACCCAGAAGUCAAGCCUGAUUUCACACCAGAGGACACACACAGGGGAGAAGCCCUACGAGUGCAUGGAGUGUGGGAAGACCUUCAGUGAGAAGUCAAGCCUCAUUCACCACCAGAGAACCCAUACUGGAGAGAAACCCUUCGAAUGUAGUGAGUGUAGGAAAGCUUUUGCCUGGAAGCCACAGCUUCUCAGGCAUCAGAGAAUUCAUACAGGGGAGAAACCCUAUGAAUGCAGUGAGUGUGGGAAAGCCUUUGUUCAGAAAGUGCAGCUCAUUAAGCAUCAGAGAAAUCACACAGGAGAGAAAACCUAUGGAUGCAGCGAGUGUGCAAAAGCCUUCUUUGAGAAGGCACAGCUCAUCAUCCAUCAGAGGGUUCACACAGGAGAGAGACCCUAUAAAUGUGGCGAAUGUGGGAAGUCUUUCACUAGAAAGUCUCACCUCAUGAGGCAUCAGAGAAUUCAUACAGGAGAUAAAUACUAUGGGUGCAGUGAGUGUGGGACUGCCUUCAGCAGGAAGUCACAGCUCAUGAUUCAUCAGAGGACUCACGUACUCUAGAAACCAUGUGAGUGCUGUGAGUGUGGAAAAUCUGCCGUCAGACGUCAUGCCUUCUGACGCGUCCGAGGACACACACAUGGGAGGAACCCUGUCAGUGCACUGGGAAGGCAAGUCUCACCCAACAAUUCAGAGAGCAGGGAAUUUGUUUAAGUCGACAGUGAAAGACAGCCUUCUCCCAGAACACACAGCUUGUUAACACGUUAAUGACUUAAUGUGGAAGUCUUAUCAAUAUUGUGGUAGUACCGACCCUUGUAGUCAGAAGCGACAGCUCAUUGUUAGAGGACCUACACUCGAGGAGAAACUGAACUGCUGUAAAAAGCAAAUGAGGGGUUUCAUCAGGAAAGGAUAAUUCACAGUAUACUAGAGAAUACAUACUCAAAGGAAAUACUGAAUAGAAUGAAUUAGAGAUUUCAGUAUGGAGAAGUCCUAAUGUAAAGAAUUUUGAUAAGCAUGAUCCUAUUGAAAGAAUUCUAUAACGUUGCAUUUGUUGUGUAUAUUAUGAAAGUUAUUUUUAAAAGGUAGAUGUGUUUUAAGCGUGAAGACUUCUGCUUUCUGCUAUGGUGGUUUGGCAAGGACCAGAUUAACUCCCCUGCGUUCAACAGCUAGAAACUGUAAAAUGUAUGUGAAAGAAUAGUUUUGAGACCUAUGGCAAGAAGUUUGUGAUCCCUGGGAGAAGGCGGACAGAGUGAGGUGACCCCACAACAGCCCAGCCUAGCACCUGGUGGCAGCUCCCAGGCUGCCAUUGAGGGAUGGGAACACAUGUGGUCUUGUCAAAGAGAGCUGCUGACGUGGCAUUUGGGGAGGCCACAGUAGCUAGAAUUUGCAGGGAAGAGUACUGGAGAGGAGGGAGCCUUCCAACGAGGGCUGCAGAGAUCUACAAGGAGUCCCCUGAGUCUUUUGGCUCAGUGCUGAUAUGCAUGUGUGUGAAAGGAAAAGUCGUGCCAGAAGCGGGAGGCUGAACCGUUCCCAGAAAUCAGUGCCGGGCUGGGAAUAAAGUUCCCACCAGCUAGAGUGGAAACAACUUUGAACACGUGGGGCAUCAGUUAGGAUUCCCAGCAGACUAUGAUCUUGUGAAGUGACUAAUCCUAGACUGAAAGCUGCUUUGGACCCACAAUGUCCGGCAUCCAAAAACUUACCAGAUGUGCAAAGAAGCUACAAGAAUACGACUUGUAACCAGGACAGAAAUGAAUCCGGAGAAAGACAGAGAAGAGACGGAAGCAGUUGGCUUCAGGGAGUUCAAGUAGAGUUUAUGAAUAUAGAGGGAACAUGGUCGUGACGGGACUUGAAGUGCAAGGUGUAUUUUAAAAAGCCCAAGUGGGACUUCUCAGGAUGAUGAAAACAGCAGUAUCUGAACGUUUUAAAAACACCAAAAAACCCAGCUCUGAGUGGAAUUCAGAACAGAUGAGAUAUAGAGGAAGAAAAAUAGAUGAAUUUAAAUAAGAAUAAAAACUGUCCAACUGAUGUACACGAGAAAAAACGCCUGGAAGAAAAGAGAGGAGGGGUCCGCUGCAGUGGGGGCACAGUCCUAGACGGAGAGGGUGGGCAGAGAAAUAACAGAGUAUCUGAAUAACGGCUGAAAUUGUUACACACGGGAUGAAAAGUGUCCCUCCACAUAUUCAAGCAGUUCAAAGAACCCAAACAAGAUACAUAAAGAAAGUCCUGCUACUCAGAUGGAUGGAGAAAGGUUGUAAAGCGCCUCGGAAAAGGAAGCACGCUCCUGGGCAGAGACCACUCUGGCCACAGGACAAUACAGGGAGCGACGACUUUGCAUUUCUGAGGGAAAAACUAAAACCUGGCAUUUGUCUGUUACGCAUCCAAAACAUCUUUCAAAAAUGAAAGCAAAAAAAGAGACUUUUUCAGAAAAACAAAUGAACGAGAAUUGAUUAGCUGUAGGCCUUCCUUCGGGAAACAUUAAAGUAAGUUUGGGAGCAGCAGGAAAAUAAUCCUGGGUGGAAAUCCCAGGAAGAAAUGAAGAGUUCUGGGAAUGGUGAAUAUGUGGGUAAAUAUAAAAGAUCUUCCUUGUUUUAAAAUCUUUUAAAAAGGUGCUCAGUUGCUUAAAGCCAAACAGUGACAAUGUAUUGUGAGUUAUGAUCUAUUUAGAAGUAAAGUGUGUGACGACAGCAACGGUUAGGGAUGGAUCUUCCAAAACAGUUAAGCAGACCGCAGCGUCGGAGUCAGAAACCUGCCUCCCCAGGGCUCAGGGUGAGCUGGCCUAUGUGGCAGCUACACAGUAGACUUGCACGUGUGAUGGACCUGCAUUCGUGCCGGUCGCCCCCACUUCCCCCCCUUCCCCUGCUUUGCACCCCAGGGGCUGCCCACUGGGGUUUGCGCUGAGGUGUGAAUGUGGGAGGACAGAGGCUGGAACCUUUAUUCCUGCCCGCCCCCCACUGGACCUUGGUCUUGGCACGGUGUGUGCCUGUCUGGCUCCAGCUCCAGCCCCUCUGGGGCGGUAGACCUCCGGUCUCAGUGCACACCUCCCUGUCCUUGCUCUUCAGGGGCUUCACCGUGCCUGGUUGGUGUCCUCAUUUCUGAGCGCGUAUCUGUAAAUAGUCCCUGUAUUAAAUGUUCUUGAGUUAACAUUCUGAGCGUACCAUUUGUUUUCUGUGCCAUGCUAAAGGAUGAGCAUUUAACAUUUUGAGUGCCUCAUGGGGCACAGACCGACAUCUGUCAAGAUUUCCCACGCUAAACAUCACUAUUUUCUCAUUGUUCCUGAACAGUUCGUUGGAAAUUAUAACAAGUAACAAAGUUCUUUGUGCUCUUUGUUUUGUUUUGCUGCAAAUGUAAAAGGCUCCACAGAUAAAAUCUGCUACGUAACCCUUCUUUAGUAAUAGAAACCAGGACAUUUAUGAAGGCUUAUGCUACUUCCGGAUUAGCCAGGCAAUUUACAGAAACACAUCAGCAUUUGUGUUCAAUAUGUACGGACAAGAAAAAAGAAAACCAGGUCCUGAGUGAGGCAGAAAG